AUGCAAGACAUUAUAGACACAAAAAGCAAUAAUGUCACCACCAAUAAUGGAGUUUCUUAUAACGUAUCAGAUCUCUUGACGAAAAUCUCUUCGUUGAUAGAUACUUGUGAUUAUCAAUUAGCGUUUCAAUUUGCCAAAAGAGCCUUAAGCAUGGAGCAAGAUAAUGUGCAGGUUUUGGAGAUUUUAGGAAUGGUGGAAAUUGAAUUGGGAAUGUUUGAUGAAGCGAGAGAGCAUUUUUCUAAAGCCAUUUCAAUAAAUCCAGAUCAAGGAUAUUCAAAAUAUAUGUAUAUGGGUCAAUUGUCCGAGAGCUUGGAUGCGAUUUCUUGCUUUCAAAAGGGUGUCGAUUUAAUGAUAUCAGAAUAUACAUCAACCGCAACAAAAAUUGACGAAGGAUCUGAUAAGCAUCAAUUAGCUCGAAAAAUUUCUAGCGCUUUAUGUUCAAUGACCGAAAUUUAUUUGACUGAUUGUUGUAAAGCCUUAGAGAUAGAUCCAUUGAAUCCCGAAGUUUAUCAAUUGCUAGCCUCUGUUAGAUUGUCUCAACAGAGAAACGAUGAUGCUAAAAUUAAUUUAGAAAAGAGUCUCAAUUUAUGGAUCAAUUUAGAUCCAGGACAUUCUUCAAUACCUUCGUAUGAAUCGCGUAUUUCCCUGGUCAAAUUAUUAAUUGAACUUUCUCAAUACACCCAAGCAUUAAAUAUACUCGAACUUUUACAAAAAGAAGAUGAUGAAAUACUAGAGUUAUGGUAUUUAUAUGGUUGGUGUUACUUUCUUAUGGGCCAAGACUCACAAAAUGAACAAGAUCAUUUAACACAUUUUGAUGACGCUCAUGAAAAUAUGCGAUGA